AUGCUCUUGCAAAAGAUUGGGCCGCGCAAGUACAUCUCUAGCCAAGUAAUUCUAUUCGGUUUCGUCGCAACUAUGCAAGUAUUUCUAGUCGACCGCAAGGGUUUCUUGGCUUCGCGUAUGAUGCUUGGUCUUGCGGAGGCGGGCUACAUUCCAGGAGCCUGCUACACCCUUUCAACUUGGUACACGAAGAAAGAACUAGCCAAACGCAUCGCAAUCUUCGGAAACGCUUUGAGCCCUAUACUGGCAUCUGGCAUCCUCAAGCUCGAAGGCGAACGUGGGCUGCGUGGCUGGCAGUGGCUUUUCCUAGACACCCCCGAUCCGCUGUUGAGCCCAGGUCUCAUCCGAUUCAAAGGCUCAGAGAAGAGUAUCAUACAAAGGCGCCUAGAGGUAGAUGACAAAGAGAAGCGUGGCGGCGCUCAAGGAAUGCGAAUUCCUCCAAAGCUCGUAUGGAAGACUAUUCUGCACUGGAAACGCUGGCCACAUUUUCUGAGCAGCUUUGCCGUCUUCUCCACCUGGAGCCCUCUUACCACUUACACGCCUACCAUCAUUAUGAAUCUCGGCUUCAACCGCAUCCAGGCCAAUGCUCUUGCUGCAGUGGGCGCGUCACUCGCUUUGGUCGUCGUCUUCGUUUUUGCCUAUAUCAGUGACAAGACCAAUAAGCGUGGAUUCUCAGUAAUAGGAGCUCAGUUUUGUUAUCUGAUUGUCUUGGUCGUUGCGCGCACGGCACACCCUCAUGUGGGCAAGUGGUCACGCUGGGGGCUUUGGACGGCUGUGAACAGCUUCGCGGUUGGGUAUCACCCUGUCAACAACUCAUGGGUGCAACUCAACUGUCUCAGCGGCCUUCAGGCUGCCUAUUCCGCCCAACAAGCCGGGCUUUCAGUCGCAGUCGUCGAAGCUCGAGAUCGUGUGGGCGGCAAAACGUGGAGCGUGCCGCUGGCCUCUGGACGAGGCGUCGCUGAUCUGGGUGCUGCCUGGAUAAACGAGAAUACGCAAAGUCGUAUGGCGGAAUAUGUCAAGAAAUUCAAACUACCGACAGUAUCGCAGAGACUCAAAGGUACUGCCGUCAUGCAGCUGGCCGACAGCAGUAGGGUCGAGUUUCCGUUCGGCAUUAUACCCGAGUUUUCUGUUGAGGAAAAGGAGAACCUCGAGAAGAUUCGCGACCAUAUCCAAGCCGUCUCUUUGAAGCGCGAAGCUCCUAGGAGAGAGGACGACGGGGUAUCUCUUGACCAAUAUGUGCGAAGUCUUGGUGCUCUUCCAAAGACGGUGGAGAUGAUCAACCUAUGGGCUAGAGUGAUGCAUGGAGUUGAUUCCAGCCAAGAGUCAGCAGCUUUCUUCAUUGACUAUUGCCGACGCAAUGGGGGCCUAUUCUCGAUUCGUGCUGAUGAUCAGACGGGGGGCAACUAUCAGCGCUUUCACGGCGGCACGCAACAGAUCGCAAAUGGCAUUGCCAACUUGAUCGGAGAAAGCAACAUCCAUCUUUCGGCCCCUGUCGCUGCAAUUGAGAAUCAUCAAACCCACGUUGUUGUCAUCACGUCUAGAAACCAGCGUUUCUUAGGAAGAAAGGCCAUCAUCUCUGUGCCAAGCGCUAUGCUUCGCGAUCUCAACAUCUCACCAUUAUUGCCUCAAAGGGUCCGGGAGGUCACCGACUCGUCAAAGCUUGGACACUACAACAAAGCGAUCUUGUACUAUGACAGACCUUGGUGGAGAGAUCUUGGAUUCAAUGGUUUCUUCAUGAGCUACAAGGGACCUGUCUGUGUAGCACGCGACACCAGUGUCGACGAGACCCAGAGCUUUGCUCUCACCUGUUUCGUCAACGGCAAAUUUGGGGAAGAUUGGUCAAAGCUGUACCCCCACGAGCGUCGUCAACUUGUUAUAAAGCAGGUAGCCGAGGUUUUCAACGUCGACGUUGACUCGGAAGCGUUUCGUCCUAUCGAAGUCUUUGAUCAGAUAUGGAAGCACGAGCAGUUCAGCCAGGGAGCGCUUGCACCCAUCACUGAGAUUGGCCACUUCACAGAGUACGCUGAUGUGUACGGAAAACCGGUUGGCAAUCUUCAUUUCGUUGGCACAGAGUACUCGACCGAGUGGAAGGGUUACAUGGAAGGGGCGCUAUGUUCAGGGGAGCAAGGAGCCAAGGAGGUUCUUGAGGCCCUCCAACGUGCGCCUCGGGCAAGUCUUUGA